GUGGUGGAGUGAGUGACUCCUGAGUCUAUUCACAGCUGCUCUGUCGCUUCCAUGAUCCACUCCAGUCCGGAUUUGGCAAGGAAAGGAACAGCUGCUGUAACGUUUUAGCAAUUUCGGGAGAGAAGGAGCAGUAAGUGAGACAUGCGGGGUUUAGAGAAGUCGCUCCAGCAGCAGUGGAGACUGGACGAGCAGCAGCAGCAGCCGUAGAGGAUCAUGGCCGAGGACUAUUGGGAGCGCUCGGCGGCUUUGGGAUAUUAUUACUACUGUUAAGAAUACACGAGCAACACGCACUCACUGACACAAGCACAUACGGAUCUCAACUCCACGGGGCGGUUGAACAGUGGCAGCCCCUCCACCCCCCUCAUCUCGUCCCCCCAUACCCCCACUGAUGGACCGCAUGAGGAAGAUCAAACGGCAGCUGUCCCUGACGCUGCGAGGGGGUAACAGCGGGGACAAGACCUUGAGUGAGACCAUCAGCUCUCAGGACACAGGAGCACACAGUGAUUCUGAAAUCGUCCAUGAGGAUGUAAAAAUGGGUUCAGAUGGAGAAAGCGAUCAGGCUUCGGCCACAUCCUCUGAUGAGGUACACAGUCCCGUCCGAGUUCGUCUGAGAAACAACCCUGGUCGCAAAAUUUCCACAGAGGACAUAAACAAACGUCUGUCUCUGCCUGCCGAUAUCAGGCUUCCUGAUGGCUACCUGGAGAAAUUCAACCUCAACAGCCCCCUGUUUGACAAACCGCUCAGCCGGAGAUUACGCAGGGUAUCGCUGUCUGAGAUCGGAUUUGGGAAGUUGGAGACAUACGUGAAACUGGAUAAACUAGGAGAGGGCACCUACGCUACAGUAUAUAAGGGCCGCAGUAAGUUGACGGAUAAUCUGGUGGCUCUGAAGGAAAUCCGUUUGGAGCACGAGGAAGGAGCUCCAUGCACUGCCAUUAGAGAAGUGUCUCUGCUGAAGGACCUGAAACACGCCAAUAUUGUGACUCUUCAUGACAUCAUCCACACUCAGAAGUCUCUUACACUUGUGUUCGAGUACUUGGAUAAAGACCUGAAACAGUACCUAGAUGACUGUGGAAACUGCAUUCAUAUGCACAAUGUCAAGCUGUUCCUGUUUCAGCUGUUGCGAGGUCUGAACUACUGUCACAGACGUAAAGUCCUUCACCGAGACCUCAAGCCCCAAAAUCUUCUGAUCAACGACCGCGGGGAGCUAAAGCUGGCUGAUUUCGGUCUGGCACGAGCAAAGUCGAUUCCCACCAAGACCUACUCCAAUGAGGUGGUGACGCUCUGGUACCGCCCCCCUGACAUCCUAUUGGGCAGCACAGACUAUUCCACUCAGAUUGACAUGUGGGGUGUUGGCUGUAUCUUCUACGAGAUGUCUACAGGUCGACCCUUGUUCCCGGGCUCCACGGUGGAGGAGGAGCUGCACUUUAUCUUCAAACUGCUCGGUACGCCCACAGAGGAGACCUGGCCCGGAAUAACCUCCAACGAGGAGUUCAUCUCCUAUAACUACCCCCGUUACCGCGCCGACUGUCUCCACAAUCACACUCCACGAUUGGACAAUGAUGGAGUUGAACUUCUGUCGAAACUGCUGCAGUUUGAGGGGAAGAAACGGAUCGCAGCAGAGGAAGCCAUGAGACACCAAUACUUCCACUGCCUGGGAGAGAGAAUUCUCACACUGCCAGACACUAUAUCAAUAUUUGCACUUCAAGAAAUUCAGCUGGAGAAGGAGCCCGGAAUGAGGACGAAUUCCCUGUCAGAAUCAGUCAACAGCAUAUCUCAACGGCAGAGUCUGCUUUUCUGAGGGCACGUGGGGCGGCUCGGGACAGGAAAGACGGAAGAUAAACGGGGAGGACGCAUUGAGACGUUUCCUGUCGUGAAGAUGAAGGGAUAUCUGUUUUUCAUUUCUCCGUCUGAGUCAUUCGCUGGUCCUGUGGCAUUAUGUGUUUAGAAGGGGUCACUGCAGUUGUUUACAUGGAGAGGCUGAGGAUGUUGAUUUGUGUAUUGUUUUCUUUGUUUCGAAUAAUGCACUUCCCCUUCCUUGUUCAAAUUACAAACAUGUUCUUCCUGUUUUGCUGUAACUUCUUGACACGGUUGCAUCAAUCCAGCCACUGUACUCAACCAAUCAGAUGCAGAAUGUUAUUGGAUGGCCUGACUCUUCAUCCUUUGACUGAAACAAAUCAACCUGUUUUCUUUGCAAUACUUCUCAAUUGUAAUGUAAAAGGAAGGCCAGUUUAUGAAGGAACGUGUCAUGAAUGCUGUUAAUAUCCAGAAGCCAAGUCACUCUAGUCUUCCAGAAAAUGGUCCCCUUCAUUAGUGUCAUCAGCCCAAAGAAGACGUUUCCUGU